AAAGAUGGUAAUUACGCGGAAUAUUUUAUUGGUUACUUUAAUGGAGUAGCUCUCUUUUUUGGGGUUUAAUAAUAGGUGAAAGGCGGGAAGCGAGUGUUCUCUAACCGCCGGCAUAGAGAAGUAGAAGAAGAGAAUGAAGUUUGCAGUAAAGGCAUUGAGCAACGGUAGAGCCCGAGGUGGGGUUCUUCAACUGGGAACUCAAUCCAUAGAGACACCUGCUCUCCUUCUUACAACUCGCAAAGGGUUACCUGUUUACAUCCCACCUGAUCAUCUCCCUUCUCUCCCUAACCCGCAUUCUAAACUAUUCCAUUUCAGCCCCCUUCACUUCUUGGAAGGCAUUUCCCUAAAAGCAAUCUCAAACAUUGGAGGGCUGCACCAAUUGCUUGGUUUACGUGAUCAUAUACUGGUAGCUGUGCCAAGGGAUUCUAUUAGAUCUAUUCCAGACCAUGACAGUACUAACAGGAUUGGAGCUUCCUUUGAAACUCCUUGUGGUCGUAUGUUGAUUAAGCCUGCAGAAUACAUGGAAAUGAUUUCUUCAAUGAGGCCAAAUUUAUGGGCCAGUUUAGCUGAUGAAGUUCCUGCUUGGGCUUCUGAAAAGAGGAAUAAAGCCUCAGUUGAACGUACACUAAAAUGGCUCGACGAAUGCAUUACUUCAAGCUCGACAGAUGGAGCAGUGUUUGGAUCCGUUGUGGGAGGCUCUAGGGUGGAGGAGCGCCGAAGUUGUGCUCAAGAAGUUGCUAAGAGGAAUGUAGAAGGUUUUUGGAUUGGUGGAUUUGGACUAGGGGAGAGCAUGGAAGAGCGCAACUCCCUCCUUAGCGCUGUUACGGAUAGUUUACCUGAAGAAAAGCCACGUCUCAUAAGUGGCCUCGGACUACCAGAGGAGGUCUUGCAAGGUGUUGCUGCAGGUGUUGAUCUAUUUGAUUCCACUUACAUCUACCAUCUCACACUAGGAGGCUUUGCUCUCACCUUUCCGACUCAAAUUACUAAUCAACCAAAUAGUAAUUCAGGAAAUGAUGGCACAAAGAUAAAUUUGAAAGCAACAAUGUAUAGGAAGGAUAUAUCUCCUAUUGUCGAUAAUUGCGAGUGUUAUACAUGCCACAAUCAUACAAAAGCAUACAUCAAUCACCUUCUCAAUGUCCAUGAGAUGCUGGCACAUAUUCUCUUGGAAAUACAUAACACACAUCAUUUUCUGGGAUUCUUUCGCUCUAUCAGAGAGGCAAUUCAAGAAGGAAAAUUCGAGCAAUUUCGGCAGAAAUUCAUAGGAAGUAGACGUGAACAUCUCUUUUCAGCUGCUUUAAGUGCCUAACUUGACAUUUAUGUGCAAGAUUAGAUUAUAUAAUAAAGCUACGCAUAGACAAGGUGAUGUGGCACCUCUCUAUGACCGCCAUUCUUAUUUAUCUUUUUUAUGGUUUUUUUUUUUGUCUUUUUCUCCUAAUUUCAUGUUUAACUUAAUUCUUAAAAGUCUAAUCUAAAUGUGGCUAAGUAAUUACAUCAUUAAAUGAGGAAGACGUUCAGUUCC